AUGCUGGCCCUCCAUAUAGUUCUCUAUGUCCUGUUGGGCACAUGUCUGGCCUUUGCUAUCGUCGAGCUGGGUCUGACUGCCUAUGUCGCUUCCAUCUGGACUGGCGAUCGUGAGACGUACACAUGGAAUGCCUAUGAGGGUUAUGUCUACACGACUGUCCAUUAUAGCGCUCCGGGUAUUCUGAUCUUCAUCAUCUUCACUGCCUGCUGGACAGUCCUGGUAUCUGCUGCCGCCCUUGUCCUACCUUGGUUCUAUAGUCGCAAGGGUGCCGUGACUCGCAAGCUAAACACUGUCCUCGGCGUCUCCUUCAUCGUCGUUUACUUUAUUACCUCCGUCUUCUGGCUGGCCAGCUUUGCAGAUAUCGAGGCCCAACUCGGCGGUGCUACCAGCUACAAUGACUACCUGAAUGCCGUCAUUGCCUUUUCUGUUCUCCUCUGGCUCAUCUUCCUCGCCCUUUUCAUCCUAGCCAUCCUCGCCGUCUGCGGCGUCCUAUUCUCAGACUGGGCAGGCUACCAGUCCAUGAAGAAGGGGGCAGUUGACCCAGAGCAACCCCAAGUCUCGACGGUCCCUCCCCCUACCAACGAUCUGCCGAUGGGUACGGCCCCAGCCCCCGUUGCUGCUUCGGAGCUGUCGAGUCGUGAUGCUGAGGCUUUGCAUAACCAGCCACCCACUAGCCAAACGUAUAGUUCGUCUUCGCCCUCGGGUAUUGCCAGCGCCGAGUUGAGCGCUGAUAGCGCUGUCUACCACGAGAAGUAUGAUAAACAACCAUGA